AUGCCUUCAAAUUUAAUAGCUUUUCCAUCUAAAGAAGGAAAAGUUUAUUAAAAGAAGCACUAGAUUAAAAUAUUAUGGAAUGUUAUUUUUUUCUUGGUGAAUAAUUUAUAACUUAAUUAUAUCCAAUUACUUAUGGAUUAACAAAAUUAGUAAUGGUAUUCAAAUUGAUCCAGAAAUACAAUUGAAAGGGGUAUUUAGGAAAUGUUAUUAUAGAAUUUGGAAAUGGUAAACUAAAAAUAAUUAGCAUGGUUUAAAAAGAACAUUUAGAUAAUAUUAUAGAUGUAGCUGCAAUUUCACAUGGUGCAAAACAUAAUAAAGCCGCUAUUUAAACUUUUUUUAUUAUAAAAAUUUAUAUGAAUAAGAAUAUGAAUAAAAAAGUAAUUCUAUAUACUUUAAGUUAAGCUUUUAUGAUUGCUAAGAAAAAUGCACAUGAAUUUAAAAUUAAUAUAAAAUAGCAUCAAUUUAAGCAUUUCAAACAUCUUUAGAAACUUCAUCUAGAAUGGAUAGAUCGUUUAUGA